AUGCCAUUAUUUCAUACACCAGCAUCAUCAUCAUCAUCACAAACUUAUCACUCUACACCAACAUUUCAACAACAUAUUCAAUAUCCACACCAAUAUCAAAAUCAACCACAUACAUUGUCACCAGAUGAGUGGGAUCUUAUUUUAUCAUUUAGAAUGAUGAGAAAUUUAAACCUUUUAUCAUCAUUACAACCAUCAUCUCCUUCAGUAUAUCAUCAAACAAGUGAUACGUUUUCAUAUCAAGCUAGUUAUCCAUCUUAUCAAACUGGUCACCAGAUGCAGUCGUCUGCUUAUUGUACAACAAUACCAACAUUAUUACCAAAUCAAUAUUAUAAUACAGCAUCAUCUAUUUAUCCACAUAAUAUAUCAACAACAAGUUCAUCAUUACCACAGUUUGCAACGAAUAAUUCUUCGUCAUCUUUUUGUACAACAUCUGAUUCAUCACCAGUGCUACAUCAUACAAGAACAAGUCAAUCAACAAUAUCUUUUACAACACACACCUCGUCAUCACCAUGUUAUACAACAGCUAAUUUAUUACAAACACAUCAUACAGCAACUACUUCAUCAUUAGCAUCCUUAUGUAUACGACAAGAACUUGAAGCAAAAUUUGAAUCUCUACAAACACAAUCUAAUCAUCAAAAUCAUUUAUCGACACAUACAUCAGCAAAUCACCAGAACUCUUCAACAACCCAAAGAGAUGAUGCACAUUCGACAAUACAACUAUCAUCUUCACAUUCACUCACACAUUCAACAAGACAACAAUCACCACAGCAAUCACUACAACAACCAUCGUCACAACAAUCACCAUUACAACAAUCACCAUCACAACAAUCACCAUCACAACAUUUACCAUCACAAUUAACAAUUGAGCAUUUACAUUUACAUUCACCAACUUCGACUACUACAACAUCACUAGUUCUUAUUUCAUCUAUGCAACAACAACAUAAAUUAUUAAACCAGGCGUCCGACAUUCAAUCAACAACAACUUAUCAAUAUGACCCAUUAUUAAAAGGGCAAUCUAUCCAGUUGCUUGAUACAACUAAACCCUAUGAAAUUGGUGAUACGAUAAAAGUUGGUGGUCGAAUUCUUCAAUCAGACCCAACAUCAAUAAAAUAUUGGUCAGAUAAUGAUUUAACCAUUACUGAAACAGCAACCGGUGAAUCGCAACUUUAUCGUAUACGACAAGCAAACUUACCAAAAUCACCAUCAGAUCUUAAUUUUGUGCUACAUCCUGGAUUCAAAUCAACAGAUAAGGGUGAACGUUUUUUAAUCUACGAUUCAAGUGAUGUUCAACCACCAUAUACAUUAGCACCAACAGUGGUUGGCAGACUAAUCAUCUAUGCAAGUAACUUGCAGUUAAGUAUUUUAGCGAAAGCACAUCGGGUGGGUAGCGAUGGCACCUUCGAAACAUCAGCAAGUAUGGUUCAACAAAAUUAUAUUGUUAUGGCUGAAUUAGAAGAAAUGUACUCAGGUAAAAAGAGAUUGCAAUUUGGUCACCAGAAAAACAAACUUUUUAAUUUCUUACUAAUAUCUUUUUUUUUGUUUAUAGUGCCAACAGUCUUUUGUUUAUGCGAAAAGAAAAAUUACGAAACAUACCAGUUAAUAUUACAAGUGCUAAAAAUAUCCAUUACCAAUUUACAGUUAAAUUUUACACCUGGGUAUUGGAUUAGUGAUUACGAAGACGCUUUAGUAAGAGCGAUUAAAAAAGAAGUACGUGUAUAGUCUUUAUUAAAGAAUUCUUUUUUUCGCGCAUUUUUUAAUAAGUCUUCUUAAAUAAUCGUAUAUAGAAUACACUUUAACUUCUUUAAAUAUCAUACUGGGCACCAGAUAUUUCUUAAAAGUGAUCUAAGGUUAUAAACAUAC